AUGUAUACAACGUGGAUCGGACCCACGACACUGCUUUUCCUGUCUCUAUCGUCUUUAUGCAGGGCGCAGACGUCCAGGCUCUUUCAAUGGCAGUUUGCAGAACAAAUUUCUACCGAUCUCCCUACGUGUCGGGAGAUGCGCAUCGUUGUCAAAUCCUUCAAUGCGGACAACUCCACCCAUGGCACACCGCCGUAUUAUAUGCGAUCGUUUGAGCUGGGAGGUCUGCCGAUGACAACCCUUAUUGGGACAGACGAAAAUGACUUGCGGUGGACGGUCACACAUCCCCUUGACAAAGAAUUAAUGCUGGUUGUUGUGGACGCUAAUGGGAGCUCAGGCGGUGUCCCAACUCGAUUGUUCAAGGUCACAGCUGGGCAAUCCAUAACGUGCAUACAAGCAAGGGAUCCUCCAACCUUUACUGUUACGUCGAAUAUAACGGGCGAUGUGAAUACAUGUGACCCUUGGGGCUUAACCAUCGUUGGGGGCUCCAAACCUUACAGUGUGACUCUCGCAGCGCUCAGCUCACCUGUUGUAACCAACGUCACGAUGGGUGCCCUCGAUGAUCGCCUCACCUACAUCAACCGAGCAGAUCCCAACACGAUAUUGCUAGGUAUCACUGGUCGGUAUGCCUUCGGGACGCCGAGUAUAAAUACGAUAGGCUCCACUGAUAUCGUUUGCACUGGCCUGAACACUGUCAGUGGCAACAACACAGAAGUUGUGCGGCAGAUGGAAGAAGCCGCCGCGAAAGCAGCCAGUGACCGCAAGGAGAGAUCGAUAAUCAUCGGGGUGUGCGUCUCUGUUGGAGUCCUGGCGCUGCUUGUGCUCGCUGGGGCCGCCGCGUGGUAUUGGCGCCGCAAAAACCGCAAACAGAUGGCGCUCGAAGAGGCGAUACCCCAUAAAUUCGAGGAUUCCAACAGUGGGCAGGCCACCCCCGUCGUCGCGUACCCGCACGACGUGUCUCCGAACCCGCCGAGAUCACACAAGUCGGCGGAAUUGUCAGGCUCGUCCGUGGCUCUGAUGCACUCGCAAUACGCGAAUACGCCUGCGUUCGACCCAUACCACAGCGAGUCGAGUAACGGCCCGACGCAUUCGGAGCUGAGCUCGAGUGGCGGUAGUGGUUCGAACCUCAGCUCUCGGCCAUCGUUCGCCGCGUUCCCGACCACGUCGCGGCGGACGAAGGCACAAGAAGCUGGCAUCAGACCGACUUCGGCGGAUAGUAAUAACCACCGACCGAGUUCAUUUGACGCCGCAUCAUCAUCACCACAGUAUCAGAGCACAACCCCACUUCUGGAAGAGCACCCAGAAAUCAUCAUCCAGCAUAGAGACGGCGGUGUGGUCCACGAACUUCCACCACCUUAUGCUGAUCGUUCGUCGACUCCGAGACAAUUGCGCUAG